AUGUCGUCUCAGGAGUACGAUCGCAUGGCGAUUCGCGUGGCGACCGCGUGGAGCAGACGCUGGACGGCGUACGCCGGGCGGACCAAGCCUCAUCCGGCGAUCCAGGACUACGCGCGAGAGCUCUUUCGCGCCCUCGCCCCCGUCGCCAAGGAAGAUGGCAGCGAGCUGAGGGUCCUCGUUCCCUUCAGCUGCUGUGCGGCUGACGUCAGGUACCUGCACGGUCAGGGCAUGGCUGUCGUCGGUGUGGACUCCCCGGGGGACUCCGUGGACGCCCUGGAGGCCGGCCUCGGACUCACGCAGUCCAGCGGGAGGGCCCACGAUGGGUGGAUCAAGUACGAUGGCGACGGCGUCACCGUCUUGCGCGGGAACCCCGUGGCCGUCACGACCGUGCACCUGUCGCUCGCGGGCCGGCCGCACCUCAUCUUCGACCGCGUCGGGCUCUCGAUGCUGCCUCGAGAGGGCCGCCGGGCGUACGCGCGCGCGCUCCGCAAGCUGCUGCCUGCCGGGGGCAUGGUGCUCGCGGUGGCCGUGUCCUCGGUCGAGCGCGUCGACGACGGCGCUGCGUCCGUCGACUUCGACCUGCCGGCCGAGGUCUCGAUGUCGGAGGUGCGCGAGGCGUUCGGAGGCGACGGAAUGUUCGAAGUGAGCUGUUUGGGAUUCACCGACGCAAGCGGGCUGCCUGAGUACCAGGCGGGAGGCGGCGAGGACGGCGUGGCGGGUCCACGGAUCACGGAGAUGGUGUACCUGAUGGUUGCGUCGCCGCACGGCGUCGGUGGCGCGGAUGGGGGGGCACGGGAGACCGAGCAGCGGAACGGGGGCGCUGCGCAGCGGGCGGGGGACGACUGGUUCAGCGACGCGUUGGCUGCGAAGGAGGAGAAGGAGAGGGCGGCGGUGCGGGUCGAGAAGGUGGAUCCCGAGGAGGCGGGGAAGGCUGUGGUGCGCAAGGUGAUGGAGUUGGGCGUCGAACAGGCCGCGCAGGCGGCUGCGGAGGAGGCGGGGCUGGGGCCGGAGGGGGCGCGCGUGCUGCGGGCGUGGAUGGAGGCGGGGCGGACGAUGGGGAAGAUGGGCCUCUGA